AUGCUCGUUGGUGGCUACCCUUUUGAGGAUCCAAACGAACCAAAAGAUUUUCGAAAGACAAUACAUAGAAUCCUACAUGUCCAAUAUUCAAUCCCAGAAAAUAUUCAACUUUCCCCCGAAUGUUGGCACCUCAUUUCAAGAAUAUUUGUUGGAGACCCCACACAGAGAAUAACGAUGGCGGAGAUAAAACAACACAAAUGGUUUCUAAAGAACCUUCCGGAAAAUCUCAUGGAUGAAGACAAAAUGAUGACAAAUCACUUUGAAGAACCGGAUCAACCGAUGCAAAGUGUUGAUGUGAUUAUGCAAAUAAUAUCAGAAGCCACUAUUCCACCUGUUGGUCUUUAUGAUCUUGAUAUGAUGGAUGAUGAUUUGGAUGACUUUGACUCUGAUCCAGAUGAACUUGAUAUUGACAGCAGUGCUCUCAUUUUCUCACUUAGCGGCAACGCCGUUUCUCAUCUCACCUUCCCCGAUCAAAGUCGACAACGCAAGUACACUCCAGUAGCAGGAGCUCCGACGAGCUCAACCUUGUUCCCAAACCGCCGACACCACCCUUCCAAGUUCCAAAGCUGCUAG